AUGAGCGCCUCAGCAACGUCACUUGCUUCUAUCAGACUCAAGUUGGAGGACGCAGAAGUCGAAAUGUGCAACGAAUGGGACGAUAGAAUCUACACUUGGGUUCCAAACUCGUCUAUUAGCGAAAUCUUUCAGGACCAGGAUGAGAUUCUCAAGGCAAUUCUAGAGGGGGGUGGUGUGAUGAGGAAUGGCAUGAAAGGCUUCAUGUUCAAAGACGCAAAGACCCUCGUAUCUCUCCUCAUCCGCUUUGGACACAUCAAGUGGUUGAACAUCUUCCAGAGUAACAAAUUCGGAAAUACAUGCUUCCCUAUCAAGUUCCGGCAAGUCAAGACCAGUAACUCUUGGACGUGGACCAUAACAUCUUCCAGAUCGGACAAGAUGUUCAGCUUCGAGGUCACCGCAAAAGAAACCAACGCUGGAUUCUUGAAGAACUCUGAAGCAGCCGACGCAGUGGAUGUAUAUGAGGAAAUGCAAAAGACAUUCGAUGCCGGCAAGAAGGGCCAGGAUUUUACAUGGAUGAAGAAGGAUGGAACAGCAGGAGCCGCUUCGCGCAGACCGCCUACCAUCACAUCCACAGUCUUGCUCCUGGCGGCAACCACAGAACUCCCAGAUCGAAGAAAUCCGCUGAGAGACUGA